GCUCGCCCCGCCCCUUCCGGCGUGCGGCUGUCCAGCGGCUCUCGGCGUCCAGCGCGCGGGCUGCGACCGCGGCUCCCCAUGCUGGGCGGCGGCGUCAGGCCCCCGCACCUGCUCCUGCCCCUGCUGCGGGGCCCCGGACUCCGCCCCCCGCGGCGAUCGCCCCUGCGCGCUCCGCCCAGGCCCCGGGCCAUGGCCACCCCCGCCGCGGAGCUGCCCCUGGUGGCCGUGUGCCAGGUCACGUCCACGCCGGACAAGCGGCAGAACCUGCAGGCCUGCGCCCGGCUGGUCCGGGAGGCCGCGGGCCUGGGCGCCUGCCUGGCCUUCCUGCCCGAGGCCUUCGACUUCAUCGCGCGGAGCCCCGAGGAGACGCUCGGCCUGUCCGAGCCGCUGGACGGGCCGCUGCUGGGGGAGUACGCGCAGCUGGCCAGGGAGUGUGGACUCUGGCUGUCCUUGGGCGGGUUCCACGAGCGUGGCCCGGACUGGGAGCAGAGUCGCAAGAUCUUCAACUGUCACGUGCUCCUGGACAGCCAGGGGUCGGUGGUGGCCACGUACCGGAAGACUCACCUGUGCGACGUGGAGGUCCCCGGACAAGGUCCGAUGCGUGAGAGCAGCUCCACCGUGGCUGGGCCCAGACUCGAGCCCCCCAUCAGCACCCCUGCGGGCAAGCUCGGGCUAGCCGUGUGCUAUGACAUGCGUUUCCCGGAGCUGUCUCUGGCCUUGGCUCAGGCCGGGGCAGAAAUACUCACCUACCCUUCGGCCUUCGGCUCCGUCACCGGUCCUGCCCACUGGGAGGUGCUGCUGCGGGCCCGUGCCAUCGAGACCCAGUGCUACGUGGUGGCCGCAGCGCAGUGUGGACGCCACCGAGAGAAGCGAUCCAGCCACGGCCACAGCAUGGUGGUGGACCCCUGGGGCACGGUGGUGGCCAGCUGCUCCGAGGGCCCCGGCCUCUGCCUGGCCCGCAUCGACCUGGGCUACGUACACCAGCUGCGCCAACACCUGCCCGUGUUCCAGCACCGCAGGCCUGACCUCUACCGCAGCCUGGCUCAGCGGCCGGCUUAGGACUGGUGCUCUGGUGACGGUGACCAGGGAGGGGGCAGGACCCGGGCACGCCCCCACUCGUGCCAGGGGUGACCCGGGACCCUGCUCGGGGGAUGGAAAAACCGAAGUGAGCUCAGAUCUGAUUUCAGAAAGGUGAAUCGGACAGUCACUGUUUUAUUUCAUGGAAACUGGAGCGCCAGCAGCGCCGUAUUGAAAAUACACUCGUCACAAAGUC